AAUUCAGCAUGGAAAAACAAAUACCAAAUUUCUGAUGGUAUUUGUUUUACAUUCUUCUUUAGAAAAAUAGACAUGGAAUCUAUCAUUUUUCUCACCUAUUUUUGGUAUCGAAUAUGGAAAUCUUAUAUGAGAUUUAUGUUUUCAUGAUAGAUUAUCUCCAACUAAAUAGGCCUUGUGCAAUUUCCUUCUUCUUUCUCUCUUUUUCGUAGAUAAAGGCGAGUGUGGCGGCGCUGCCAUCGAUGACCACAAAAAAUUCCCAACAUAGACCAGACGUCCUAUAUUUAUGUCUUGUUAUGAUGUAGAUAAUUUCCAAACGCAACUCCCAAGGGAUUAUAAAUAGAGGAAGUAGAGGAGGCCCAAGGAACAACCAAUCUCCUUGCAUUACAUUUCAGUGAUCUCUUGAAAGAAGUAUACAAUGACCAACCCGGGAAGCAAUGCUCCAGCAAGCAAGAACCUCAUGCAAAGUGAUGCCCUUCAGAGGUACAUACUGGAGACAAGUGUUUACCCACGAGAGCAUGAGCAGCUUAAGGGAAUGAGAGAGGUGACCAUCAAACACAACAGAGGUUUAAUGAGCAUGCCUGCAGAGGAAGGCCAGCUUCUUUCCAUGCUUGUAAAGCUCACGAAUGCAAAGAAGACAAUAGAGAUUGGAGUGUACACAGGUUAUUCACUCCUUGCAAUAGCAUUGGCAUUACCAAAAGGGGGACAGUUAACAGCAAUCGACAUUGAAAAAUCAUACUUUGAGAUAGGGCUACCAUUUAUUCAAAGAGCGGGAGUUGAAAACAAGAUUAAUUUCAUUGAAUCAGCAGCAAUCCCUAUUCUUGAUAAAAUGAUUCAAGAGGAAGAUGAACUCUUUGAUUUUGCAUUAGUGGAUGCUGACAAGUUAAAUUAUGGGGAAUACCACGAACGUUUGCUAAAACUUGUCCAAGUUGGAGGAGUUAUUGCAUAUGAUAAUACACUUUGGUGUGGUAGUGUGGCUGUUCCAGUGGAUCCAUCCAAUCCUGAGGAGUUCAUUGAAGUUAGAAACCAUCAAGUGAAGUUUAAUGAUUUUCUGGCUGCUGAUUCUCGCAUUGAUAUAUCACAAGUUUGUAUUGGUGAUGGACUUACCAUCUGUAGGCGCAUUGUCUGA